AUGGCCACCAUCAGCACACCGCUCGGCCUGCGAACGGACCCUUUGUCUCUCAUCCCAAAGAAAUAUCGUGGAGAAGCCGAUGAUCCUCACUUUAUCCCAGACUCACCAUUGAUCCAGCGGCAGAUGUUGACGGAGCAAGAGGAGAGCGAGUUGAAAUGCAUCUGCGCUUUGGUCCUGGCAAAUGUGCAACACUCGGACGAUAUGUCGGACGACCCUCUCAAAUACCUUGCAGCCCAGAUUCAGGAAGGGAAAGCACAUCGAGAAAAAGAUGUGAGACAAGACCAAAGGCCUGAGGCAGUCCAAAGCACAGACACCAAUGUGACACAUGAGAUCUUGGAUCUACAUAAUGACACCGCACCCUCAUCCGAGGCUUCUCACCGCGACACUUUUUCGAGCACCGAUUACUCAACGCCUCGGACUAGUGCUGGCUUCACACCAAGAGAAACUGCUCGACGACUCUCAGAAACCACCCGCAAAUCCAUAACGAGUACGAAACGAACUGGAAGCAGUCUACGAAACGAAACAGUAUCGAUAACAAAAAGCCGCAAGACUUCAACCGCCGGGCUGCACGGACCCCUCGAGGCGGGCGAGCCAUCCGUUGAAACGGAGCCCGUCAAAAGUACUCUUCGCAUUGUCCCCGUCGAGGCUGCACCUCUGGGCAGCAGAGGAAUCAGAUCUAUGGACAUACCUCGCGAGUCGAGAUUCUCCGUUCCCGACCUGAACAAAGACCUCCCCCUUCCUCCACCACAUGAAAUCCCUGUUGUUGAUGACGAGAAACAACCUCACAUCAGUAGACUAAUCAAGACAAUCCGCAAGAAAAAGAGCAUGAUAAACGAGGGCAGAAAUCUAUCCACCGUUCCAGCGCCGCCUGUACCCAUCGCAGCAGAUGGUUCGCAACACCCAACACCGACAGCCCUACGUCCACACCCAGCACAAGUUGAAACCAUACCGAAGAAGAGGUUCCGCCUCAGACUCUUCACAAGGAGGCAAAGACCGGCCGAUAUACUGGUCACCUGAACUCCUACUCCCGCCGAAUUCGUUUUGGGAUUUACCACAAGUUUAAUGAUAACAGAAAUUACUAGCAGCGAUGGCGUUCCGGUUUCUCAAGCAUUAGUUGUACAUACAUACGGCCUUUUUAUUCAGGUCCACUCCUCGAUUCUGCGGGUAACAACACGCAACAUGAUGUGCAAUGCGAAAAAUUGUCGGCACUUUACGCCAGGGGAGACGUGUUUUAGCUAUCAUCAGAGCUUCAUGACCUCGAGAGAUAUGACCAAACAAAAUCUAUCAGACUCUUACUUUCAUUCCAGAUAUGUUGUUCAUAUUCCUGCACAAGGAGGAUGUUGGCCACUUCCUUUGCUAUGUGGUUUUCGUUGUGAGCAGCAAUGGAUGCAGAGAUUGUCUGGUGGACGAUUUGUGAGACAGAAGCACUGGCUAUAUGUAUGUCUGUUGUCAUAAUAACAAAGUACUAUGAUACAAGUACAGACAGAAUACGAUUGAUGCG